GUGCUGAAUUGGGCUGAUAAAUUCGAGCAAGCUUCAGGUCAAAUGAACCUUAAUUUGCAAGUGCCACAUGCAUCCCAUGAACAAUUGUUCAAUCAUUCUUUUAGGCAGUGAAAACAUGUAAUCUUCUAAUGCCUACAUAUGAAACUUACAGUUUGCAAUCAAUUUUUCUAGUACCAAGUUCAAAGCCUAGGGAUAAGUAGUCAACCACAGGUGUCAUCUCCACCUUCCUAAGCGAUUCAUGUCCCGUAGAACCUAAAAUAUCUGCAACUCUUGCAGAAUUACAAUGCAGAGUUCAACUUGAAAUCAUGACAUCCUGUUGCUUGUAGCAUAGUAAAUAGGCAUUAGAGUUGAGCAAGGCAUGACUCAAUGAUGCACAGGUGGUAGCAAUCAUUCCAGCAUCUAGUGUUUUAGGCAAAGUGGAAGUGGUGGAAACCACUGCAACCCUUUGUAUAGGGGAGAGAAAGAGAAAGGGAGAACAGAAGGGGCCCAACCUGAGUCUUUUUAUUGCAUUAUAGCAUGUUGAGUUCCACCAAAGGAAACAACAAUAAUUAGGUUGAAAAUAAGAAAGAAAUGACUCUAAGAGAAUCCAAUGCACCUGGCUGUGACUUCAUCACCAAGCCAGCUUGACAAACAUAUAUAUAAGUCUUGAUUAUGCAUUCUCUCGGGAUCGUUUUCUCUGCCGAAGCCGAAAGUUGAUCCAGAAUUAGCUGCCGUCUGAUUGCAUGCUAACGAGUUUCAGACUGGCAAAGAAAAUCUAACCAAGCUGGGUCCAGUGAGCAGACUAUUCCAAUUAUUUCUCCUUGCAAUGCCAACAUCUGAUGUGAUAGAAGCUUUUUCUUUUUGAAAAGAAAAAGGACAUGUACAGUUGUUGCAGCUAUGAGCAGAUCAGUCACCAUAUAUGUGUGCCAUCAUUCAAUUGCAAGCAAGUUGAUGAUCCAUAAGGAACUUGUAGUUUAAGCAAUGGAUUGGGUUCAACAUCAGGAAAUCCCCAUCGGUGCACUGCAGGACUCAGAAUCAUCAUGGUAUAGAGUCUUUUCUGUCUUUCUACUUAUAGUCACAUGAUCUCUUUGGCAGUGCCAGACAUUGUACUUCUGACCACAAGUCUUCUUGAAAUUGCAGAAUUUGAAUUGGUAGUCACAAUGGGCAAUGAGAUGGGGAACCAAAUCGUCACUGCUACUCGAGAACAUGAAGAUGAAGAUGCUACUGACAUGAUGACCCAUUCUUCAAAUUCUCCUGCUACAUCGAAUGUCAUACAUGGUUCCCUUGAUCAUGACAAGCAAACAGUUUUUGAACAGCACGGAGAAGAGAAUACAACUAUCGACAAACUCUCGACAGCUUUGAAUGUGUCAAAUGAUGCAGAAUAUCAAAAUGAUGUGAACAGAAAAAUCUUGUCAGCUGAAUCUGAGAUAUCAUAUGAUAACACAGGGUCAGCUUAUGUCGAGCCACCACCAGCAGAUGACAAUCUACAUCAGAAGACAUUAGAAGUGGAAGAUGAGAAGAAGAUACAAGUUUUAGACAUAUUGCCUAAAAAUGAAGAAGCAUACUUAAUUCCAUCAGUAGAGAUAAAGUAUGAUGGUGAAGAGAAACAAUCAAGUGUAAAAUGUGAUGAGUUAUCCAGAGGCAUCAUUGGAAAAAUGGCUAGCAAUCUGGAUGCUUCAGGAUCAUAUGAAAAAGAUGAUAAAAUGGAAAUAUCAGCUACCAACCAAACAUUAGAGAAUAAUAAAUCUAGUGAAGAGAGUUUUCUGAUGGGCAGUGAUAAGGCAUUUGAUGAAAAUGAGAAAGAGAUUGGAAAGAAAAAUUCUGUUGCAUGUGACAUACAUGAAUGUGUGUUGCAAUCGAAUAAGAGUUUGUCAACUGAAUCAAUCGAUAUUGUUUUUCUGGAUGCUGUUGGUACUGAAAUUAAAAGCUUGCUUACAGAGAAUGAUCAAAAAGAAAUCAAAGAAUUAUCUAAAACAGAACCUCAUGAAUGCCACACAAUCCUAAAUGUGAUUAGUAAUGACUGCGAAGUAGGAAUACUAGAAGAUGUAAAGACGGACAACAUUCAGAUCAGCAAUUUUCAUACUCAAGCAAAGACCAAUGAUUGUAGUCAAAGAAAACAUGAAACAGAGAAAAUUGGCUUACAUGAUUUAUAUUUUGAAGAACCUAUCCACACAAGCCAAGCAAAAAUGACUGUGACUGUGGAGGAAAACCAACAGGAAAACAAUUCAAGUUUGAUCACUAGGGACUGUGAUAAAGGCACAGAGCAAGAGGAGAUAGUGAAGGGAAAAGAAUUGAUGGAAACUCCAGUCUUAGAUAAAAAGCAAGAACAACAUGUGGAAUAUGUAAAUGAAGAGCAAAACAAGAAAAACAAACUAGUCAGGGACAAUGAAGUCAUUGGGAAAAGACCAUUUGACCCUUCACUGUUAUUAGAUCCUGUUGCAAAAAUGAGCAAAGACAUAGUGAAGGAAACAAAUGAGAAAUUUAUAACAAGUAAAAAAAUAAAUGAGAUGACAAGUUCUAGUGAAGGCUUGAGCAGCGAAACCAAUCCUUUGGAAGACCAUGAUAUCACCAUUGGGGAAAGGCUUCACUCAAAACUAACUAAUCCGAUUGAUGAGGUGAGUGGAGAUAUGAUGAAAAAGGAAGAAUGCAACACAGGAAAAGGAACUACAGAAGAAAAAAUUUGCCAUCAAAUUGAAGAAGUGUUUAAUGCAACUAUGUAUGAGAAGGCUGACAUAUGUGAGAUAAAUUUAGUGGAAACUAAGGUACAAUAUUCACCUCUGGCAGAACCAUCCAAUCUGAAAUUCAAUGUUAUUCAGCCAGAUCACAGGUUACCUGAAUGCUCAGAAGAGUUCAAGCAGAAAGAAGCUGCAGAGGAAUCUGAAAUGAUGAAUAAAAAAGAUCUUAGUUCCAGUUCUCAUUUUGGUGAAUGUCUUGACAUUAAUUCAGUGCUCCCAAAUAUUAGAGAAACACUACCUUCACUUCUGUCAGAACAAUCUAAUCUGAAAUUUAAUGUUAUUCAGCCAGAUCACAGGUUGUCUGAGUUUUUUGAAGAGUUUGAACCGAAAAAAGCUGCAGAAGAAUAUGAAAUACUGAAUCAAGAAGAUCUGAGUGAUUGCCUUGAUAUCUAUCCAGAUCUCUCAGAUAUUGCAGAUACAAAUUAUGAGCAAAAUUUUGAAUUAGAUAUGAAGAAAAGUUCCCAAACUGAGUUAAAUGUAUUGGUGAGCAAGAUCAAAACUCAAGCAGUGCCAAAAGUUGAAGAUGAUGGGAAGAUUUUGGAUUCCGUAGUAAAGACUGAAGAAGAAGAAUGCAGUCUCGCACCUGGAUCAGAUACAGACAGAGACCUUAAAACAUUCCAAACUGCAUCAGUGAGCAAUAUGGAUACUCAAGCAAUGCUGGAUGAGAAGAUUUUGGAUUCUGAUUCUAAGACUGCAGAACCACAAUGUCAUCUCCAUGGAUCUGUAUUUUAUACAGACACAAAUCUUGAAUCAUGUCAAACCAAUAGAGAAUUCACCCUUGAACCAAAUCAAGAUGAGAUAAAUGCAUCAGUGACCAAGAUGCAAAUUCAAGCGAUGCUGAAAGUAGAGGAUGGUGAGAAAAUUAUGGCUUCUUUGAUAGAAUCUAAGACUGUAGGAAAAGAAUGCAGUCUCCAUGCACCUGGAUCUGAUACAGACACAGAUGUUGAAGAAUUCCAAAGCAAGACAGCACUAACCCUUGAACCAAAUCAAGACAAGUUUGAUGUAUGGACUGCCAAUGAUGUAAGUGAAAAACUUGAAAAAUCCAGUGAUGGAACCUUUUUGUUGAAGCAACAAGAUUUGAAGGAAGCUUCAGUAUUCCCUUCAACAGAAGAUGUAAAAGAUCACACGAAUUCAUCCAGCAGAAAAGCCCAAGAAUAUGACUGUGAUGAAAACACAGAAAGAUGCCAACAUAUUGCAGAAACUGCAGAUGUGAUGCUACAAUCCAACAACAAUGUAUUUGAUAAGAGUCCACUGCAAUCACAAGGAAGACUAAAGGACAAUGACCCUUCUGCAAUGGAAAGAAGUAAUUCCCUGAAACUGCAAACACCACUUCACAGCCUUAUGAAAGAAGCACAUGUUAUGGAGCCACUGGAGAAAAAGGAAGACCUCAGUUUAAACAAGAACAAGUAUGAGGUGUGGAAGUCUUCAGCGGAGGAAUUCAUCGCUACACCAACCAGGGGAAAAGGGAAGCAGAAGCACAGAUCUUCCUUCUUCAGCAACUUCAUGUGUUGCACAACAGGCACAAAUUAAUAGCUCUAUUUUACAACAUAGUUUUGCCUAUAAAGGUUAUUUGCUUUUUUCUUUAUCCAAAUUCUAUUAACUGGAAGAGUUGCAAUAAGAUUGUGAGAUGUUUGUGGUUUCAAUAAGGGGAAGCUGCUAAAUGAUUGGAGAGAAAUAUUGUACUGGAAUGUUCAACUUUUGCUUUGUUUUUGACAAGAUUGUGAAAGGGUUUCAUUGGAGGUUUUUAAUUGCAUAAAAAACCAAUAAUUUUCCUCUCAA